CUCUGGCACUGUUUUCCUAUCAGGUGUUGUGCGAAACUGUUGUUGUCGCCGAACCGCUGAACUUCCGACCUUUGUUCAACUUGGCUCGAAAGUAAAACCGAAGGCAUAACAGUUCAUUUUUUUUAUCAAAACUAUCAACACUGGAUAUUGCGCGCAAUCCCAGCGGAUUUGAAAAUUCCCCAAGCCAUCGGGACACUGUGUUUGAACAAAGGAAAAACCGGUUGCCAGGGAAAUUGGACAGCUCAUCGCGUGUGGAAGGCACUAAACGACGUGGGUCAUCAUUUGGGGCGAUUGAUUUUCAAAACCGCCAACGAAACUGUGCCACGCCAACAUGCAAGAGGCCUACGUCAACAUCAACUCCAUACCCACCCACAUCUUUACCUGGGGCAGGUGGAUUGAGGAGACGAUACCAGAGAAGGAGAUUGUCAUUUGCAUAACAGGCAAUCCCGGAUUACCCGGAUUUUAUACGGAGUUUGCAGGCACUCUCCAAAAGGAGCUGGGUGAUCUGCCCGUUUGGGUGAUAGGCCAUGCUGGUCAUGAUGAUCCUCCAGAGGCCAGUAUUCGGGAGGUGCCCCAGCUCAGCGGGAAUGAGGAGCUCUUCAAUUUGGAUGGCCAGAUCCGACACAAAAUUGCCUUUAUCGAAAAGUAUGUGCCGAGCGAUGUGAAGAUCCACUUGAUUGGCCACUCCAUUGGCGCCUGGAUGAUCCUGCAGCUGCUGGAGAAUGAGAAGAUACGGAAUCGCAUUCAAAAGUGCUACCUGCUCUUCCCCACUAUUGAACGGAUGAUAGAGUCUCCCAAUGGAUGGGUGUUCACAAAGAUCGCCAUGCCCUUAUAUUCCGUCUUUGGAUACAUUUUCUUCACUUUCUUCAGCUCCCUGCCCGUCUGGCUGCGCCUCCUUUUCAUCCAGAUCUAUUUCCUGAUUUUUUCCAUUCCUCGGCACUUUCUGGGAACCGGCUUGAAGUACUCCAAGCCCUCGGUAGCGGAAAAGGUGGUCUUCCUAGCCGACGAUGAAAUGGCCAGGGUUCGCGGCGUACAAAGGGAGAUUGUGGAACAGAAUUUGGACAUCCUUAAGUUGUACUACGGCACCACUGACGGCUGGGUUCCGGUUUCCUACUACGAACAGCUGAAAAAGGACUAUCCCAAGAUAGACGCCACAUUGGAUGAUCAGAAGAUCGCCCACGCCUUCGUCCUGCGGCACUCCCAGCCCAUGGCGAUAAUUGUCAGAGACAUGAUCCAGAAGCAUAGACGGGGAUAAGCCCAUGUUUCCAUCCUAGCCAAAUUUGUUCUUGAGUGAGGCGUAGACUAUCAAAUCCUUUCCCAUUUCCAAACUCUCAUAAAAUUCCUAUUUGCUGCUCUCUAUUUGAAAUAUUCAUAGAUCUGAGUUUCCUGUUUGGGAUUGGGAAUCGAUUUUUAUAAAAAACACUCGUAGCACAUCCUUUAUUGUCUUUUGUGGCAAUUUGUUUUUUAUUAUUCUUUUGCAUUUCUCGUAGAAACUAUAAAUAUAGUCAAAAGUAAUUUAA